AUGUCUGGUUCGCUAUACAGAAGUCCUUCGGCAGCGCUUUACAAGAGUCCUUCGAUGAGCGGAUUUGCCGGUGCUCCGUUUGGAAAUAUGUCGGUUGCUGAUCUUGGAAGUCUUACGCGCCUUGAGGAUAAGAUUCGCCUCCUCCAAGAGGAUCUCGACUCUGAACGAGAACUCCGAAAUAGAAUCGAACGAGAGAGAGCUGAUCUGAGCGUUCAACUCAUUGCACUUACAGACAGGCUUGAGGAUGCAGAAGGCAGUACCGAUAGUCAGAUUGAAUCAAAUCGAAAACGCGAAGCAGAACUGCAAAAGUUGCGCAAAUUACUCGAAGAGUCACAACUUGAAAAUGAAGAUGCAAUGAAUGUGCUGAGGAAAAAGCAUCAGGAUUCAUGUCUCGAUUAUACGGAACAAAUCGAGCAAUUGCAUAAGAAGAAUUCGAAGUACGAUGAGCUGGAUCGUGAACGUCAACGACUUCAGCAUGAAGUAAUUGAACUGACUGCAAGUAUUGAUCAAGUGCAAAAGGAUAAGCAUGCAGCUGACAAGGCAGCUGAACGUUUCGAGGCGCAAUCGAUCGAAUUGGCGACGAAAGUCGAGGACCUUAACAGACAUGUCGUCGACAUGCAACAACAGAGACAAAAGUUACAAGUCGAGAACAACGAUCUUCUAAAAGAAGUACAUGACCAAAAAGUACAACUUGAUAAUUUGCAACAUGUGAAAUAUCAAUUGGCUCAGCAGCUGGAAGAAGCUCGUCGUCGUCUCGAAGAUGCUGAACGUGAGCGGUCGCAAAUGCAAGCUCAGCUGCAUCAAGUAACACUUGAGCUUGAUUCAGUACGUACGGCUCUUGACGAAGAAAGCAGUGCACGUUCGGAGGCUGAGCAUAAGCUCACAUUAGCCAAUACCGAAAUCACCCAGUGGAAGAGUAAAUUCGAUGCUGAAGUGGCACUUCAUCACGAAGAGGUCGAAGAUCUGCGAAAGAAGAUGCUGCAAAAACAGGCUGAAUAUGAAGAGCAAAUCGAGAUAAUGUUGCAAAAAGUAUCACAACUCGAAAAGGCUAAAUCGAGACUACAAAGUGAGGUCGAAGUUCUAAUCGUAGAUCUUGAAAAGGCACAAAACACGAUUGCACUACUCGAACGCGCUAAGGAGCAACUAGAAAAAACGGUUACUGAUAUGAAGAAUCGCAUCGAUGAGCUAAAUAUAGAGUUGGAAGCAGCUCAGCGUGAAGCUCGUGCUGCUCUCGCCGAACUCCAAAAGAUGAAGAGUCUAUAUGAAAAGGCUGUCGAACAAAAGGAAGCUCUUGCAAGAGAGAACAAGAAACUUCAAGACGAAUUACAUGAAGCCAAAGAGGCGCUUGCGGAUGCCAACCGUAAACUUCAUGAACUUGACCUGGAGAACGCUCGUCUUGCUGGUGAGAUACGCGAUUUACAAACCGCGUUGAAAGAAUCAGAUGCAGCACGACGUGAGGCUGAAAACCGUGCACAACGACUUGCUGCUGAUUUGCAACAACUGCGUAUUGAAAUGGAACGGCGUCUUCAAGAGAAGGAGGAAGAGAUGGAAGCACUCCGCAAAAAUAUGCAAUUCGAAAUCGAUCGCCUCACUGCCGCUUUGGCUGAUGCGGAAGCACGCAUGAAGGCCGAAAUCUCUCGUCUUAAGAAGAAGUAUCAGGCUGAAAUUGCUGAGCUUGAGAUGACCGUAGACAACUUGAAUCGUGCAAACAUUGAAGCACAGAAGACGAUCAAGAAGCAGAGCGAACAGAUGAAGAUCCUGCAAGCUUCUCUUGAAGACACUCAGCGUCAUCUUCAACAGACACUCGAUCAGUAUGCACUCGCUCAACGCAAAAUAUCGGCUCUCAGUGCCGAAUUGGAGGAAUGCAAGGUAGCUUUGGAUAAUGCAAUUCGUGCACGCAAACAGGCUGAAGUUGAUCUCGAAGAGGCGAACGUGCGUAUCGCUGAGCUCGUUUCUCUCACCAACAACCUGACGACUAUCAAGAACAAGCUCGAGACUGAGCUUAGUACAGUGCGAGCGGAUCUUGACGAGACCACCAAAGAACUUCACGCAGCAGAUGAGCGCGCCAACCGAGCUCUUGCUGAUGCGGCUCGAGCCAUUGAACAGCUGCACGAAGAGCAAGAGCAUUCAAUGAAAAUCGACGCACUCCGAAGAUCACUCGAAGAGCAAGUCAAACAACUUCAAGUGCAGAUUCAAGAAGCUGAAGCGGCCGCACUUCUUGGUGGUAAACGUGUGAUUGCGAAACUAGAAACACGCAUUCGCGAUCUUGAAACAGCACUUGAUGAAGAAACGAGAAGACACAAAGAAACACAAAAUGCUCUCAGGAAGAAAGAUCGUCGCAUCAAAGAGGUUCAAAUGCAGGUCGACGAAGAGCACAAACAAUUUGUUAUGGCUCAAGAUACGGCUGAUAGACUACUUGAGAAGAUGAAUAUUCAAAAACGACAGCUAGGAGAAGCAGAAUCGUUUACAAUGGCCAAUAUACAACGAGUACGAAGAUAUCAGAGAGAGUUGGAAGAUGCUGAGGGUCGUGCCGAUCAGGCAGAAAGCUCACUUCACCUGAUCCGUGCAAAGCACCGUUCGUCAGUUGUUACCGGCAGAAGCGCAUCGGCAUCCAAAGUAUACGUUCUAGAAGAUGAACAAUAAAGCGAUUGAUUAUUAUUGAUCAUCUUCACGGAUUAGUGACAAAUUCAUAACGUGCAUAUAUGCGUAUAAUUCGUUCAGUUCAUUGCUACGCUUGCAUCCUUGCAUGACGCCAUUCAAAACAACUCUCCGAAGAGGUGUUUUUUGAAGAGAAGAGAAGCAUUUACAAUAUUUAUUGCACGUUCAAUCUAGCUAUCAUCCAUUCUAGUGAGCCUUUGUAUAUUGGUUGCUCUCUUUGCUUAUAUAAGUAAUGUUGUGUUUAUAGCCUAGUGAAUGGGAUUCGCACUGCCUUCUCAAUCCAACUGCCUUAUAUUACUGUCCUUUAUGGCUUGUGCUCUCCUCAGUUUUGUGCCUUAUUGAUAAACCUAGUCAUAAUUCUUAAUCCUUUUAAAUCUUCGGAUACAAUCUUCGUCAUUUAUCAUUUCGUACCAAUUCCCUUUCACAAGAAAAUAAAUCUAUUAUGUAUUAUUCGCAGAGAUGGAUGUUGUAUUCUCUCUAAAUACCACAAAAACAUUAUGUGCCUGGCGUCUGGCUAUAACAUUUCAUUAAUUGCUCGUCUUUUUUCGAACUACUACUAAAAAUUCACUACAUUCAUAUUAAUUGAACUGUGUUGACGAGUAAAAUAAAGAUAACAAAGUU